AUGAUCCCAGGCACUGCCGCACCGAACCCCGUUGCAUUGUACACGCUGCCAAACGGCAAAUUAAUCCCUGAGCUCGUGGGGCCGAUUGAGCCUCAAAGUCCCAGUCCGUUCGCUUACCCACAUCUGACGGGUCUCUGGUUGGCCACUUCGGAUUCAACCCGCGACUUAGGCCGGUGGACCUCCCAUCUGUGCUCUAUCCUAUCCGGUCUGGGAGCGUGCAUUAUGCCCGAUAAGGCGCUGAUCGACUCGGAGAUGAUCGACUCUGACGCAGUAACUAGUGUACCGGUAGGCGAUGACUGA